GCUACAGUUGGGAGGGAAAAGUCAAACGCCCAUGCUGUGAGAUUGGCUGAUUCGAGUGUACAGAGUUACAAAGUCUGACAGACACGUGGGUUUGUUUGCUCGUAAGUUUACCCAGAUCUCAGCAAGAAUGUGCAGCGCAAUAAAGUUGUCCUCUCUCAAUUUUCUUCUUGCGCCACACGGUGCGCGCAGCUUUUGUUAAACAAUUACUGCUUUUGGGAUACCUGGAGGGUACAAAUGGAGCGAGGCGCCAGUAAUUUCAUUCUCUAAGCUUAAAACGUGUCUUAUUAAUGGUUUAGUUCGCACUAAACAAAGAGGUGUUUUGAUUGACACGGGAAGGCUUUUAGUGCACCGGUACAGGCUGCGGAGAAGAUGGUUAAUUUCGGGCAGAUACUGACCGAAAUCGGGGAUUUUGGAACUUUUCAGGUGAGGCUCCUUUUAGCAAUAUGCAUACCCAACAUCUUCACCGCUUUCCACGUAUUCUCCCAAGUGUUCACCGGUCUCCCGUUCAGCCACCACUGCAACACAGACUGGAUCUUGAAAGUGGGGCCCAAUUUGACGCACGACCAAGUAAUGAACCUGACAAUCCCCGUGGACGACGCGAGCUGCUCAAUGUUUACACCUGUGGACCUGGACUUGGAGACUAUUGAAGCAUACGGACUGAACGACACGACCAAAUGCACUGAUGGAUGGAUUUUUGACGCUCCUCAAGGGGGCACCUCAAUAAUCACAGAGUUCAGCUUGGUGUGUGACAAUGCCUCCAUCAAUGAGGCCUCUCAGUCCAUUUAUAUGGCUGGACUCCUGGUUGGGGCUCUGAUCCUUGGGCCAAUGGCGGACAAAUAUGGGCGGCGAUUUGUCAUACUGUUGUCCCUGCUUCUUGAGCUUCUGUUUGGUGUGGGGGUGGCUUUCUCUCCAAACAUAUAUGUUUACAUCGCCCUACGAUUCGUCGUCGGCAUCGCAGUCUCAGGGAUAACCGUAAACGCCUUUGUGUUAGGUGCAGAGUGGUGUGGCACGUCAAAGCGAGCUCUCUUCACCAUCGUGUCCCACAGCUGCUUCGCCGUGGGCCUCAUGCUGCUGUCAGGCAUCUCCUACGCCAUCAGAGGAUGGAGGCUCCUGCAGCUGGUGCUCUCCGCACCGCUCGUACUGCUCGCGGUGCACUACUGGCUUCUUCCAGAAUCGGCUCGUUGGCUUCUUACGCAGGGACGGCAAGAUGAAGCUCGGAAGGAGAUUCAGAAAGUUGCACGGGUCAACAAAAGGGACGUUCCAGAAAGUCUGCUGAAUAAGCUAGAGGCCGAUAGUACAAUGAAAACUGGCACGAUAUUGGACCUCUUCAGAGUCGCUUAUCUGAGAAAAAGGGCCCUCAUCAUGUGCUAUAUCUGGUUUGUCACCAGCCUGGUGUACUACGGCGUGAGCCUGAACGUUGGGAACUUUGGCCUGGACAUCUACCUCACCCAGCUGAUAUUUGGCAUCGCAGAGUUUCCUGCUCGUCUCGGGUGCAUCCCCCUCAUCGAGCGAUUUGGCAGGCGCAUCUGCCUCAGCUUAACCCUGUUCAUCAGUGGAGCUGCCUGCCUUGUCAUACCUGCCAUACCAGAAGCACUACCCGUGGUGAUGACAGUGAUCGCUGUGCUGGGGAAGUUCUGCUGUGCGGCUGCUUUCAGUAUUGUGUAUGCCUACACCGCUGAGCUCUACCCCACAGUCAUGAGGCAGAGUGGCGUGGGCAUAAACUCCAUGUUUGCGCGGGUGGCGGGCAUUCUGGCCCCCCUGAUCGGGCUCCUGAAGGUGUACCACGGGGCUGUUCCCAUGGUCAUCUACGGUUCCCUGCCCUUCCUAGGGGGGGUGCUCUGUUUCCUCCUGCCCGAGACCCUCAACACGGAGCUGCCGGAUCACGUAGAAGAACCAGAGAAGAAACAUGCAGAACUUGAAAACUUGCCUUGCAAUGACAAAGAAGACAAAGUACUUCAGGCUUCCAAACUGUGAAGAUCUGUGAUCAAGGUUUAAUGUGAAAUUAAAUUAUAUUGUACAUAAGAAUGUAUAGUCCUUAUUUUAAGUGCCACUGUUUUUAAGUAAAACAUUAUAUUUUCUUGAAAUCUGACGAUAUUAUUUAACAUAUGACAUGCACUAUAUAGUAUAUAACAUAUAAAAGUAUACAUGUGUUUUAUGAGACUGUCAUUAUUAUAACAUGAUGUAUGUACAAAAAAAUAAUUGUUCAAAAAUGUAUUUACCUUUGUAAACCAAUGUCUGUUGAGGAUUUCCCCUUCUUUUCCCUUGUGUUAUCUUGUUGCCUUUAAUAAAUGCCCUAACUCUA